CUCUCUCUACACCAGCGUCCAUUUCGACAUGAAGGACAGGGUCCCUGUGCUGCUGCUGGCCGCCUUCUGCCUGGGGGCGGCGGAAGCCCAGGACGACAAAGGCGGCUGGGGCGAGCCCAUCCCGUUCAGCACCAAGGCAAAGGAGUCGUGCUCCAUGGUGGUGAGCAUGCAGGGGGAGGCCACCAAGCUCAGGAUCACCUGCAGGAGCGCCAACAAGACGUAUUGGUGUGAGUACUUAGGCAAACCCGAGGCGUGUCGCACCUACAACGUCAACCGCAGGCACUACUUCAUCCAGAUCAUGUGGGAGCUCCGCAAGCUGAGUAACGCGUGCGAGGGCCGGCACCAGCUCAAGCCGCAGAUGUGCAAGAGGGCCACGGACGAAGCCCAGAUGAUCUUCACCACGGCAGGCUCCAAGCCCGUUGCCCAGAAACCAGCCAAAACCCCUCAGGAGAGACCCCCGGCCCAAACGAAACCUGAACCACCCAAAACCACAACCCUUAGACCGGAUACGGUCAAGCCAGUUCAAGUUAAACCUGCCCAAGUCAAACCAGAGCUACCCAAGCCGAUCCAACCUAAGGCAAAGCUGGCCCAAGCCAAGCCGGCCCCGGUUCUGCCUUCCCCGGUCCAGCCCGAGCAAGUCAAGACGGCAGUGAAAACAAACACGCCCAAAAAAACGCUUCCAAGACCCUCCAAAACAACAACACCGGCCAGACCCACGGAGGCGACUACAAAAGAAAGUGCAAAAGCCAUAGCUGAAGAUUACUGCUGGGAAUCCCUGCAGAGCAUCUGCACCGUCGUCAUCGGCUGGUUUCACAACUAAGAGCUGCGCUUUAGGUCCCCAGCAAAAAAAAUACUUGAAAUCUUCCACAUGUGUUCAGUCUGACUGCGCUGCUCCCCUUGGACAUUUUUCCCUACUGAAAGUCCGACAUGGAUGUCAUCUGAUCACACCACUUUGUCCUUGUGGGCCGCUCGUAAUUCACAUCAGAAUAUCUGCAGUUUUGCUUCGCCAUCUGACUGGAAAUGCUAGCAGAGGAUGCUACAGGAGUAAAGGAUGUUUAUAUCAGUGUGGAUUCACUGCCAUUUUAUAUAUACAAGCACUCAGGGCACUGGACACCUCACACAAUAAUGGCUAUAUGAAGGGUGUAAAUAAAUUUGAAUGCGUCAGAUGUCAGACCGAACAAGGUGUACAGAAAACACUGUGUCUCAAAGUGUUUCACUGAUAUUCUUUAUUGUAUUAAUGUAUUGCGUAUUAAUGUAUUAGCAUGCUUUUGAACAAAUAACCUAAAUGUAAAUGAUUAAAUCCCUGUACUGUGUUAAUAAUGAUAAUUCAGAAAGGUGUGUGCUGUUUGCAUAUACAAUAUUUUUCAUUAAACCUGGAAACACGCUUUUAAAA